AUGGCCUCCGCAUCCUUGGCCGCCGCCGCCGCCGCCGCCAACGUCGCCAACGGUGCCGCCGGUGGCCAGCCGCCCACGGUGGACCACUGCAACCGGGCGGAGGGCUUCCACGACGGCCUCCGGCCGCUGCCGCUGAACUACGACACCGAGGAGGACUUUGUCUCGGACAGCGCCGAGCUGGAGAAGCUGGAGAACUGCGCCUUCCAGUCGCGCCUCCCCAUGGACGCCAUGAACGAGGAGGAGGUGUUCGGCUUCCGCGACAUGCUCGACGAGCAGGAUGCGGAAUUCCUGCCGCUGUACCUCCUCCUGCGCAACAGUAUUCUCCGCCUCUGGUACCGCAAUCCAAAGGACCAGCUGCUUUUCGCCGACGUCAUCAAUCACAUCGCAGCGAUGGGCGUCGACCAGGUUUACGAGCAGUAUAUGAGAGACUAUCCGUACCUCCUCUGGCGCGUCUACGCCUUUCUCCAGCGACAAGCCUACAUUAACUUUGGCAUCUUCGCGAUGAGCACCGACGAGCCGGACUGCCACUUUAAGCUGGGGCAGAGCAAGCCCAAGCGACGGCCGAAGGUGAUCAUCCUGGGGGCGGGCAUCGCCGGCAUCAUCGCCGCCCGCCAGCUGCAGUUCUUUGGCUUUGAGGUGUUUGUCCUUGAGGCACGGAAUCGAAUUGGCGGCCGCGUCUGCACGUACAAGCAGGGGGAGCACAUUGCCGAUGUGGGCAGCACGGUCAUUUGCGGCCUGGGCGGCAAUCCACUGCGCGUCCUGGAGAAGCAGAUUCCGGCAAUGAAGCUGAAGCGAAUUG